AUGGUGACAGUAACAGUUGUGCAGCCCGCCGUUGAUCAGAGCAAUGUUUUGAUGGGAGACUCUCGGCGGUCAACGACGAGUGAAGUUGAGCCCGAGCCAAAAGCAACAGCAAACAGAGGUCCCAGGCGGGAUCGAUUGCCACCGGCAAGGAGUCCAAUCAUGUCACCUGUGAAGCGGCCGGUUGUGGAGUCAUCUACCGCUGUCAAGACAAGCGCUGAAGAGGAGUUUCGCUGGGAAGCGGAGUGCGGUAGGGGUACGUCAGGGAGGGUUGUCGCCGGGCAUGGCUGGGGACGUUUGGCAAGUGACAAUUACGAUGACGGGUCGGCGGCUGUGCUAGGUCAGGGAUCACGAGGAGCCGGACAAACUAUUGGGCCGCCAAAUGUCGUCCGUGAGCAAGAGCUCAGACCUGCUUCUGUUUGGAAUAGAAGGCGGAUUCGAGUGGGCCUUGGGCAACGAAUGGGCGGAUUAACCAGAGCCUCGUUGUUUAGGGCUGGACCGAGAAAGCAGGAGGAUCGUGAAGUUGCUGUGGUGAGUUCCGAAGUUAGAAGACAAAGCGCAGCCAGCGGUACCAUAAUUAAAUGCGAGAGGAAGGAGUAUUGUUGGGAACGAGAGGUGAAGAAGCAGUUCGUAAAUUACAGGAAAGAGAAGGGAAUUGGUACCGGUGGGUUGCAAGGGUGGCCAGUAGACAAGAGGCUCGUGGGAAUGGCCUUCUUCCAUGCAUAUGUACGUAUCAAGGGUGGAGGCUUGCGUGGGAAAUGGCUCGGGGAAAAUGGACAAUGGUGGACCUUCCACCCCAUGCACGGUAAGGUGGAAGAAGCUGAUGUAUUCGGUGAUAGAAGCGUGAUCCGGAUAAUCGAGCGCAACUGGAAGUAUUGA